AUGGUCACUACUCAGACAUAUCAUUUUGAUUUUGUAAUCCCUUUAAUUGGGCUCAAUUUGGUCACUGGCAUAUCGGCUACAAUUCUCAAUGCUCUUGUCAUUUUGACUAUCUGGAAAACGCCUCCUCUACAAACGCCCUCGAGGAUUCUUCUUUCUAGUCUUGCGCUCACGGAUCUCUUAGCUGGUGCUGUGGUACAGCCAGUAUUUAUCGCUUACUGCAUCUCCGCUUUAAUGAACUGGUGUCAAGCUUUCGUGUUUAUUCAUGCCCUUGUCGUUAGAUUGGGAUAUAGCCUUACUGCAAUAUCAAUGACAACCUUGGCUGCUAUUGCUCUCGACCGGUUUUUGGCCAUUGCAACGAAACAAAACUAUAGGAUCAUUGUAACAAAGAAACGGUGCUUGAUCGCUGUCAUUUUUUUAUGGCUAGCUCCAGGAUCUGCGAUGAUCAUUGGACUUCAGUUCAAAACGUACGAGGAUAAUGACACGACGAUUCUAAUGUCGAUCAUGAUCUUAUUCCUAGUCAUUAUAAUCACAUUGUAUGGCUUGUCUUUUUAUUUGAUGAAAAAGAUGUUUACCAGUAUUGCACAUUCUGUUAUUCAUAAUACCACGGAUCAAACAGCGCCUGGCUUUAACAUCUGGAAAUACAAGAGGUUUCUUGUUACUAUGGUGAUCAUCUUGGGACAGGUUUUGCUAUCUUAUACUCCAUUGCUUUGUGUUUAUUCUUCGCUUGGUCUGAACGCGGUUUUAAAUAAGCCAGCUUUGUUGCAUUUCGGGGAGUUUUUUAUACUCCUUAUCUCUACUCUCAAUCCCAUUUUGUAUCUAUGGCGAAUGAAAGGCCUCCGUCAUGCUCUUAACCAAAUCUUGUUUCACAGUUAG